AUGGUGCAGCAAGCAGCGAAGGAGGUGAUCCCGCUGAUGACGCCGUACAAGAUGGGCCAAUUCCAGCUCUCCCACCGGGGGGUGCUCGCGCCGUUGACGAGGUGCCGCUCCUACGGCAACGUGCCGCAGCCGCACGCCGCCGUGUACUACUCGCAGCGCGCCACCAAGGGCGGCCUGCUCAUCGCGGAGGCUACGGGGGUGUCGGCCACCGCGCAGGGGUACCCGGAGGCUCCCGGCAUCUGGACGCAGGAGCAGGUCGAGGCGUGGAAACCCAUCGUCGACGCCGUCCACCGACGCCGUCCACCGUAA